UGUUUUGGGCAAGGUUGAGAAUAUGGCAUGAAGAUGAAUUACUUAAAGAAAUUAAAAAAAAUGAUCCAAAUGAUGCUUGGAAAGGGCUAGGAAUUCUGAAUAAACAUGAAGGAAAAAAAAUUUCUGGUUUAAAUAAUAAUGUAACAUCAGUAAUUCUGGAAGAGUUGAAAACUUUGGCUUGUACUCCAAAUGAUUGGGAUGAUAAAGAAUUAUCUGAAGAAAUUCAACUAAUUAGAAGGCACAUGAAAAAAGAUUAUGAGAAUGAAAUAAGGAUUAAUAUUGUGGUAUUAGAACAAAUAAGUAAUAAAUAUAACUGCAUAUUAUGUGGUAAAUGGUUGAAAUCAAAAAUUACAUUAAGGAAUCAUGAAAACAAAUAUCAUAAAUUCAACAAAAUAAUUCCACAUUUUUCAGUUUUAUCAUCAUCUAAUGAUAUAGAAGAAUUAAAACAAUGUAUUAUAAUCAACGUUCAAAAAAAAGUGGGAUUCAAUAGACAUCAUGUUGGUGUUAAAAAAUUCAUUUUGGAACCUUUUCCUGAAAACGUUUUUGCAAUGCUUUUUUUUCAAGAAGAAAAUUUUUUUUAUUAUCCUAUUAAAAGAUACUAUAUUUGUAAAUUUGAAAAUAUUGAAGGAAGGAAUAAUUUAAGUAUAAUAUUAAAUAAUUAUAAAUGGUGGGAGAGAAAAAACAAUGCAACUGGUACAAUUUCUUUUGUUGUGAUGGAGGAUGAUGGAGUAGUAAAACCAGAAAUCAAAUCUCUUUGGAGAGAAAAAUUUUUAAAUAAUAUGAAAUGUGGAUUUUGUAAGGUUGAGUUUAAUGUGAAUUCUAAAUAA